AUGAUUAAUUUAUAUGUUUUCAGACAUGGUUAGUCCAUUUAUUAAUGUCUGAGAGUUAUUUCUGGGCUUCAUGAAUUUGGUUUGAGUGCACUUGGCAAAUAUUAGACAUACAAUCUGGCAUCAAGGACUGAUGUUGAUUUUGAAAUUGCCUACAUAUCAGACACCAAGAGAACGAUUGAAACAUUUGAAAUGCUAAAAUUAGCAGGGAAGAUGCCAUCAGAAGAAAAUUGCAUCUUCACUCCUCUCAUAAGAGAAAAAUGCUAAGGCGAUUUUAUUAUGCAAGAAUUCAAGGCAUUCCCUGUAAUAAUUAUUGAAAAAUAUAGGAUGAUCCAAACAAGAGAAAUUUUACUCCUUAGAAUGGAGAGAGUUGGGAAGAUGUUCAAGUAAGAGUAUCUAAAACCUUUGAUUUUCUUGUUAGACGCUAUCUGCUUUAAUAAAAGGAGGCAAAACAAGAUGAUGAUGAACUUGUCAAAGCAUUAUUUCAACAAUCAGAACAUAUCGAAAGCAAAAAGAACAAUAUCAUUCUAGUCACUCAUUAUGGAUUCAUCAAAGAAAUCGUAUAAUAUCUUAAAAAGGCUGAUCAAUUAUAACUAGAAUAGCCAUAUUUUGCAUAAAAUGCUACUCUUUUCACUUUAUAAUUAUUUCUAAAAGAAAACGAAAAUUGGCAAGCCAAAAUUAUCAGUCUCAAUAGCUACACUAGAUAAUACAGACCUUUUAUGGAUUGA